UGCAGUGAGAGCUGCCCCCCAGGUACCCGAAUGGCUGAAAGGAAAGGAGAACCUCUCUGCUGCUUUGACUGUAUCCCAUGUGCUGAAGGGGAGAUAAGCAAUAAAACUGGUUCCCAUCACUGUGAGCGCUGUGCAUCUGAGUUCUGGUCCAAUGCUGAUCAAACUGCCUGCAUCCCUCGCCAGCUGGACUUCCUUUCCUUUAAUGAGACUUUGGGCAUUACUCUGACUGCAGUAGCUGUGUCUGGUGCUGCGGUGACAACAGCUGUGUUUGUGGUGUUUCUUUACUACCGUCAAACACCCAUGGUUCGAGCCAACAAUUCAGAACUGAGCUUCCUGCUUCUCCUGUCACUGAAGCUCUGCUUCCUGUGCUCACUGGUGUUCAUUGGUCGUCCAUCAGUCUGGGCUUGUCGGUUCCAGCAGGCAGCUUUUGGGAUCAGCUUUGUACUUUGUGUCUCCUGCCUCCUGGUGAAAACCUUGGUAGUUCUUGCAGUGUUCCGUUCAGCUCGGCCUGGUGCUGAAGCUUUGAUGAAGUGGUUUGGUCCCGGCCAGCAGAGAGGAAGUGUCUGCCUCUUUACAUCUAUACAGAUUAUCAUCUGUGCCAUAUGGCUGUCCCUCAGCCCCCCGGUGCCUCAGCAUGAUCUGGGUUUCAAAGGAUCAAAGGUCACCCUGGAGUGUGCCAUGGUCUCUGUGGUGGGCUUCUCUCUGGUUCUGGGUUACAUUGGUCUGCUGGCCUGCACCUGUCUUCUUCUGGCCUUUCUUGCUCGGAAACUCCCUGACAACUUCAAUGAGGCCAAACUGAUCACCUUCAGCAUGCUGAUAUUCUGUGCUGUCUGGGUGGCCUUUGUCCCUGCUUACGUUAGCUCUCCUGGGAAGUAUGUUGUAGCUGUGGAGAUUUUUGCAAUCCUGGCCUCCAGCUAUGGUUUGCUGCUUUGCAUUUUUGCCCCCAAAUGUUUUAUCAUUCUCUUGAGGCCUGAGAAAAACACAAAGAAGCACCUGAUGGCCAGGUAG